AUGACGAACUCAGAUCCAGCUGAUCCUUCGAAACACGUAUCCGCUCAGCAAUCGAAAGAUCAACCAGCUAAAGAAAAAGAUAUUCAACCAGCUGGGGAUACCAAAAAACAAAAUGAAAUUAAGGAAGAAGAUUUGUCAGAGGAAGACAAACAACUUAAAGAAGAACUAGAAUUAUGUGUUGAACGUUUGAACGAAAAUGAUAUAUUUUUAUAUCGUCCAGCACUUGAAACAUUACGACAAAAAAUUCGUGAAUCAACCAGUUCCAUGACAAGUGUUCCUAAACCAUUAAAAUUUUUACGUCCACAUUACGAUACAAUGAAAGAGAUUUAUGAAAAAAUUACUGAACCAACAAAUAAAAUGUUAUGUGCAGAUAUUAUUUCUGUUCUGGCUAUGACAACAAUUGAUACAAAAGAAUGUUUAAAAUAUCGUUUGUUAGGCUCUGGUCAAGAUAUUGGUACUUGGGGACAUGAAUAUAUCCGACAUUUAUCAGCUGAAGUAGCAUCAGAAUGGGAAAAAGUGGAUGCCAACAAUGAUGUGAAACAAAAAUUAUUACGAUUAACAAACGAAAUUAUACCAUUUUUAAUGAGGCAUAAUGCUGAAGCUGAUGCAUGUGAUUUACUAAUGGAAAUAGAACAGUUAGAUUUAAUUGAAAACUUUGUCGAUAAAGAUACAUAUGCAAGAGUAUGCCUUUAUUUGACCAGUUGUGUACCUUAUGUGCCUGAACCUGAUGAUACUCAAAUGUUACGAACAGCGUGUAAACUUUAUCGUCAUUAUGAUCAAUAUCCACUUGCAUUACGCUGCGCCAUACAACUGAAUGAUAUGGAACUCAUUCGAGAUCUUGUUAUUUCAUGUCCUUCAAGUUUGACAAAAAAACAGUUGGCAUUUAUACUCGGACGUCAACAAAUAAUUUGGAAUGUAGCUGAAACGAACAAUGGUGAAGACCCCGAUGAAUUAACAAACAUCAUGUCUAAUUCUCAUCUGACAAGCAAUUUUCUAUCAUUGGCACGUGAAUUAGAUAUUAUGGAAGCAAAAUUACCAGAAGAUAUUUAUAAAACAUAUUUAGAAAAUACAACGCGAACAAAUUUUAGUCAACCUGAUUCAUCGAAGCAAAAUUUAGCAUCAUCAUUUGUCAAUGGAUUUGUAAAUUGUGGAUUUGGACAAGAUAAAAUUGUUACACAAGAUACCAAAUGGUUAACAAAAUAUAAAGAAAAUGGUAAAAGAGAAGAAUGUUUCAGUUUAUUAAGUGCAACAGCAUCAUUAGGUUUAAUUGUUUUAUGGGAUGUUGACGGUGGUCUAAGUUUAAUUGACAAAUACUUAUACAGUGUUGACGAUAAUAUGAAGGCUGGUGCAUUAUUGGCCUGUGGUAUUGUAAAUUGUGGAGUACAAAAUGAUUGUGAUCCCGCUCUUGCUUUACUGGGAGAUUAUGUAUCACACAAAGAAAAUCCUUUUCGUGUGGGAUCAAUAGUCGGACUAGGUUUAGCGUAUGCUGGUACAAAUCGCGAAGAUGUUGUCAGUUUAAUAAGUAACGCACUACAUGAAGGUCAGCCAUCAAUGGAAAUAAUUGCCUUGGCUUGUUUAUCAAUUGGCGUUAUAUCUGUUGGUUCAUGUAAUUCCGAAGUUUCGACAACACUAUUAAGUGUUUUAUUAGAACGUAGUGAAUUAGAAUUAAAGGAUCAUUUUAGUAAAUUUAUUGCAUUGGCCAUUGGAUUACUGUUCUUGGGAAAAGGUGAAGCUGUUGAACCAAUGCUUGAAUCAUUGAAAGUAAUUAGUGAACCAUUACGUUCAUUUGCUACUGUACUCGUUGAAUGUUGUGCAUAUGCUGGAACUGGAAAUGUUUUAAAAGUUCAACGAAUGCUUCAUAUAUGCAGUGAACAUUUCGAACAAAAUGCAGAAAAAAAGGACAGUGAAAAAGAUUCCAAAGAUAAAGAUAAAGACAAAGACAAAGACAAAAAAAAAGAUGAAGAAGCUGCUACACAAAAUUCCGUACAUCAAGCUGCUGCUGUAAUUGGUAUUGCCGUGAUUGCUAUGGGUGAAGAAAUUGGAUCAGAAAUGGCUUUACGUACAUUUGGUCAUCUGUUACGUUAUGGUGAACCGGUUAUAAAACGUGCUGUGCCGUUAGCACUUGCCUUACUAUCGGUUUCAAAUCCAAAAUUAAACAUAGUUGAUACUUUAAGUAAAUUCUCACAUGAUGCUGAUCACGAAGUAUCAUACAAUUCAAUAUUUGCCAUGGGUAUGGUUGGUGCAGGUACAAAUAAUGCCCGUUUAGCUGCAAUGCUACGACAGUUAGCUGUUUAUCAUUCAAAAGAUAUGAAUAAUUUAUUUAUGGUUCGAUUAGCUCAAGGCCUGACUCAUCUUGGUAAAGGUACAAUGACAUUGAAUCCUUAUCAUAGCGAUCGAAUGUUAUUAUGUCGUGUGGCACUGGCUGGAAUAUUAACUGUACUAGUGGCAUUUAUUGAUGUUAAAUCGACUAUUGUUGGAAAAUAUCAUUAUCUUUUAUAUUUCUUGGCCUUGGCAAUCCAACCGCGUAUGUUAGUUACAUUUGAUGAAUCAUUGCGUCCGUUACCUGUACCCGUUCGAGUUGGUCAAGCAGUCGAUGUAGUGGGACAAGCUGGUAAACCAAAGACAAUUACUGGUUUUCAAACUCAUACUACACCUGUUCUAUUAGCGUAUGGUGAACGAGCUGAAUUAGCCACAGAAGAAUAUUUAGCAUUAACACCUAUAUUGGAAGGAUUUGUUAUUUUACAAAAAAAUCCAAAUUAUGUACCAUAA